AUGGGUAAAGGCGCAGCCAAAUAUGGGUUCAAAAGUGGUUUAUUGCCCAGCGCGCGUUCUAUCCUCAAGAGACCCACUAUUAAACAAACAGAUGUGGUAGAAAAGUUGCAAAGUUCCAAGCCAAAGGGUCCAGAAGGUGUCGGAUAUGCCGAAAAUAUUGCACAUCCUAAGGGCUCGCACAGACUUCCUCCAAAAACCGAAUUCAUCGAUGUCGAAAAACUGAUCAAAGACACAAUUCCAGAUCCGCAGCACUCAAGGGUCCCGAAAACAGUGCAGCAGGAAACAAGACAAAGUAAGGCUCAAAUGCGUAGAGAAUAUCUUUCAGAUGCAUUCAGAAGAGAGGAACAGCGUGUUUUGAAACAAGGUGAACUUCUCAAAGAAAAAGAAGCAAAACUGGCUCAACAAAGACAAGUCGAGCUAUCUGCUUUGAACGAAAGUCGCUCCAGUGACCUGACAAUACCAACAUUGGACAAGCUACUGCAGGGUCCUUUGAUGCGCCAAAGAACGCCCGAGGAGAAGACAAUUCUCGAGAUGAAACGAAAACAAAAUCGCGAUGUUUUGCAAUUAAGAGCCAAGGAAAGAAAAUUGGAAAAUCUGCUGAAACUGUACCAUGUUUCCGACGAGUUCAUUGUGUCAGAGGCACAACUUUCCAAGAAAAUUGAUGAGGCUUUUGCCAACGAAUCAUCGGAAGCUUUGAGGACUAAACUAAGCGUAGGAAACGCCAAGCCCAGAGCUCGCAAUGAAAAAGAAAUUGGAGACGCCCUAUUUGGCUCUCUUGGGGGCGGCAAUUUUGUUGGUCUCCCUACCAUCAAGGACUUCGUUUCUGGCGAGAUGAAUGCUUUUGCCAAAGACGUUGAGACACAAAAUGAAGCUGUGACAAAACAAAGACAGCAAGACAUGGAUACCAUUUUGCAAUAG